CAGUUCAAAUUCAAGUUGGCCGGGCAGAAGAAGAACUUGCUUUUGUUAGUUUAGUUUUAUUAAUAGCCAUCGUUCGUGCAAAUAAAAGUAAUGCUCGUGCGAAUUGAAAGAAAUUCGUUCAGUCCAGCAGACAAUUCGUUGAGUUAAAACAAAAUCGCUACGAUGCUCGCAGGAACGUGCACCAAAAGCCGAUUGUGAUACGAUGGGCAUGCAGUGAAAAUUUCGGAAAACUGCUUAACAAUGCAACAUAUACUUGCAACCGCGAGGACGCUUCCAGCCGGCUUCUCCUUCGUGCCAUCCUUCGUGCUAAUCCAAGCACGAUGCUACUCGACCCGGCGUCCCGGCUUGUUCGCUCAGUUCCUCAAUAUCGUCAAAAAAGAGAUUGAAAAGAGCAAAGAGGUGAAAGAGAAUGUGCAAAAGUUUCGCGAAGAAGCGCAAAAACUCGAACAAUCGGAAGCCCUGCAGGCAGCAAGGCAAAAGUUCAACGCGAUCGAAUCACAGGCAAGCAAAGGCGGCGAAGUGCUGAAACAGAAUGUUGCUAAAAUACAAAACCGCAUGGCAAAGGUGUUGAAAGAUGCGUCCGACACGGAGCUGGGCAAGCGGCUAAGCGAAACGAUAUCACAGAAGGGUCAAGCGAUCGGCCAGUCUGGAGCGCUGCGAGGGUUCAGUGCAACGGCAAGAGCCGUACGACAGGAGCUGGACAGCCAGAGCGUCGAUACGCGAGUAUAUCGCAGUCCGGCUAAGCUACAAAAGCGCUUAGAACUAGCAAACGGUACCGGCGACACCUCACGCACGACGGUGCAACCGAACGCAGCCGCAACGGCCGUGGAGCUGCACAAGGACAGCAAAUUCUACCAGUCGUGGGAAAGCUUCAAAACCAACAACCAGCACUGGAACCGGCUGCUCGCGCUGAAGAUACAGUACGACGAGUCGGAACACGUGGCCAUUCGAACGUCCCGGGCACUGACCGAUAAGGUGAGUCAGGUGAUGGGCAACCUUUUCUCCAAAACCGAACUGUCGGCAGCACUGACCGAGGUGUGCCGGAUCGAUCCGACCUUCGAAGCGAAACAGUUUCUGCAGCUUUGCGAGCGCCAUAUCAUACCGAACGUGCUGGAGUCGAUUUUGCGCGGCGAACUGGAUGUCCUGCGAGAUUGGUGUUUUGAAAGUGCGUACAGCGUGAUCGCGCCACCGAUCGGGCAAGCACUAGAGGCGGGCUGUAGGUUUGAGUCGAAACUACUGGACAUCGAAAGCGUGGAGCUUGCGAUGGGACAGGUGAUGGAGCAGGGCCCGGUACUGAUCGUGACGUUUCAGGCGCAGCAGAUCGUGUGCGUGCGGGACGGUACGGGGGCGGCGGUGAUCGAGGGCGAUCCGGAGAAGGUUUUUCGCUGUCACCAUGCGUGGGUGCUGUGUCGCGAUCCGAGUGAGUUGAACCCGCAAGCGGCCUGGCGCAUCAUGCAGCUGUCGAUGAAUUGUAGGGAACAGUUUGUGUGAGGAUUGUACAAGUUUUGCACCACUUUCGCAAAUCCGAUUUGUUAGGUAUUGUUUAUGAACUUUAGAAGUACAAAUUAUUCGUUUGAAGAGUACAAA